UGUUAAACGCUGCGUUGCAUGGCAAACAAAGCGGGAAAAUGGUGGUGCCCUAUACAAACACCACCAGCUAGUAGUAUAGCAGAAGAGUGUGUGUGCGCGUGACUCUGAACAGAAGAAUCAAGAUGGCGCCAAUCAUCCAAAGCACUCAACCAUGGGUCGAGAAAUAUCGCCCAAAGCAAGUGAAAGACGUUGCUCACCAAGAAGAAGUAGUUCGAGUUCUCACCAACACCCUCGAAACCGGUAGUUGCCCCCACAUGCUCUUCUAUGGUCCUCCCGGCACCGGAAAAACCACCACCGCCCUCGCCAUCGCUCACCAGCUUUUCGGGCCUGAGCUUUAUAAAUCUAGGGUUUUGGAACUAAAUGCUAGUGAUGAUCGUGGUAUUAAUGUUGUUCGGACUAAGAUCAAGGAUUUUGCAGCUGUGGCUGUCGGUACCAAUCAGCGGAAGAAUGGUUAUCCUUGUCCGCCGUAUAAGAUAAUUGUUCUUGAUGAGGCGGAUUCAAUGACAGAAGAUGCUCAGAAUGCGCUGAGGCGUACGAUGGAAACUUACUCUAAAGUUACAAGGUUCUUUUUUAUAUGCAACUACAUUAGCAGGAUUAUAGAACCACUUGCUUCAAGGUGUGCCAAAUUCAGGUUCAAGCCACUGACAGAAGAAAUCAUGAGCAGCCGAAUAUUAUACAUCUGCAAAGAAGAAGGAAUCUACCUUGAUGCUGAGGGUCUUUCAACCCUAAGUACCAUUUCUCAAGGAGAUCUUCGCCGGGCUAUAACAUACUUGCAGUCCGCUGCUCGUUUAUUUGGAUCUUCCAUCUCUUCGAAGGACCUGAUUUCUGUUUCUGGGAUUGUUCCGGCAGAAGUUGUUGAGGCACUUCUUAAAGCAUGCAAAAGUGGUAAUUUUGAUUUAGCCAACAAGGAAGUCAACAAUUUCAUUGCAGAGGGGUAUCCUGUCUCUCAGAUGCUAACUCAGUUGUUUGAGGCUAUUGUUGAAGAAAAUGACAUAUCUGAUGAACAGAAGGCCAGAAUAUCCAAGAAGCUGGGUGAAGCAGAUAAGUGCCUAGUUGAUGGUGCUGAUGAAUACCUGCAGCUUCUUGGUGUUGUUAGCAUUACAAUACAGGCUUUAUGUAACAUGCCAGAAGGAUUUGCUUACUAGGGUUAACUAUUAGAUAGUCAGUAUGUUGGAAGCCAUUGUGACUAUUUGUGUAGAAUUCAAUUUCAAAGAUUUCAUCCAGGGUAGUUAUGCUCAGUAACUGGUCUUGUAUCGAGCAAGUAUUAUAGUACUACCGAAGGAAGUGAAUAUAUAACGGAACAAUUGUACUGUUUUUGCAUCAAAAUAUUUGAAGCAGUUAGUCCA